AUGGACAACGCGCGCUGGUGGCUGCACGUCCAGGCCGUGUUCUGGCGCUUCCUCAUGGGGAUAGGCAUGUUCCUGCAUACCGCCGGCGUCAGUCGCCCACCACCUCCGUCGUUUGUACGCUACAUCCCCUUUGACAAGAACAACCGCAAGCGCAACGUCAAGCUCUACUUCUACUGCCCGCCUGCCUACUACCGGUAUCGAGCAACCCACCAAGGCCGUCCGCUGCCCGUCGUCGUCAACUUCCACGGCGGCGGCUUCACGCUCGGCUCGGCCACGGACGACUCGUUCUGGGCACAAUGCGUGAUGCAGGAGACCGAUGCUGUCUAUGUCAGUGUCGACUACCGCCGUGCCCCCGAGCACCCCUUCCCGGCCGCCGUCGACGACUGCGUGGAAACACUGCUCUAUCUGGCUGCGCACGCCGGCGAGCUGGGUAUUGACGCAUCCCGGAUCGUGCUGACGGGCUUCUCGGCCGGCGGCAAUCUGGCCAUCACUGUUCCGCUGCGCCUGCAAAACCGUAUCCAAAACGACACGGGCAGCGACAUCAUCGACAUUGGCCCGUUUGACUCGACGCAAAACCUGGUCAGCGGCCAGGGCAAUCUGCAGAUCCUGGCCACCUUCGCCUGGUACCCGCUCCUCGACUUUGUAGCAUCCCGCGAGCACCGCCGCGCCACCAGUGUGUUUCCGGGGAAGACGAUGCCUGCGUUUUUCACGAACCUGUUCGACGAAGCCUACAUCCCAAACCACGACCUUCGCUCAUCCCCGUUUGCCUCGCCCGAACGCGCUUCUGACCAGAUGCUGGAAGAAGGCCUGCCACAACACAUUUUCUUGUACACGUGCGAGUGGGAUAUGCUGUUGGACGAGGGCCAGCGAUUCGUGCGCCGGCUCGAAGCCAUGGGCAAGAAGGUGCGCGCCAUGAUGAUUGAAAAGGCGCCGCACGCGUGGGACAAGUCGCCGAAUCCGUUUCGCGACCAGGGAAGGAUCAAUAUUAUUUACCAGACUGCGUGCGCCGAGAUGAAGGCCAUUUUUGAUCAGAACUGA